GGCGGCGGCAGGUGGGAGGCUCCGUCUCCGGCAAGGUGGGGCCGGUGCGGCCGCGGGUUUGACGUGUGCGAGUGCACAUGGUGCGGGCGGGCGGAUAAUAAGCGAGUGGCCGCCGGGGCGAUGCCAUUGCUCUGAGUCACCGCCGAGCUGCCGGUCGCCACCCCCCCCCCCCACCCCCCCACCCAACCCGGCUCCCCCUCACCUUUUCCCGGGGAGCGAGACCCGGGUUGAGUCACGUCGCUCGUCCCUUUCACCACCCCGGGAAAAGGGGCGGCCGGUGGAGGUGGUGGAGCGGAGGCGGGGGGGGGGGGGGGGGGGGCGGAGGAGAACCGCUCCGCCUGCAGCCCCCGGGGACGCGGCCGCUCCGCCGUCGGGGCGAGUCUCGCCGGGCAGCGCGGAGAGAGGACAGCUGCCGGCUCCGCUCCGCUCCCGCCGACGAGACCUCCCGUCCCGUCCGCGCUUCGCCGCCGCCUGAGUCUCUUUUAUUAUUAUUAUUUUAUUUUUCUUUUUUCCUCUCAUUUUAUUUCCCCCCUUUUUUACCUUUUUUCCUCCCUUCUCCAAAGCCGUUUUUUGUUUUUUUAACCCCCCUUCCUUCCCUCGGCGAGCCUCGGGAGGCGAAAGGCAAGAGUCGAAGGGGGCGGGGAGACGGCGAGGGAGCGGCGGGUGUCGGUGCGGGAAGGCGGGGACGCGGCUCCCCCGGCCCGACCUCGGACCAUGUACCAGGACUACCCCGGGAACUUCGACACCUCCUCCAGAGGCAGCAGCGGCUCCCCGGGACAUCCCGAGACCUACUCCAGCGGCGCAGCCCAGCAGAAAUUUCGAGUAGAUAUGCCAGGAUCAGGCAGCGCUUUUAUCCCUACAAUCAACGCCAUCACAACCAGCCAAGACCUGCAGUGGAUGGUUCAGCCCACCGUCAUCACCUCCAUGUCAAGCCCUUACUCUCGUUCGCACCCCUACAGCCACCCGCUGCCCCCGCUGUCUUCAGUGGCCGGACACACGGCCCUUCAGCGACCUGGUGUGAUCAAAACCAUCGGGACCACAGUGGGCCGGAGACGAAGAGACGAGCAGCUGUCGCCCGAGGAAGAAGAGAAGCGAAGGAUCCGGAGAGAGAGGAACAAGCUGGCAGCUGCUAAGUGUCGUAACAGGCGUCGAGAGCUAACAGAGAAACUCCAGGCGGAAACUGAAGUGCUGGAGGAGGAGAAGUCGGUGCUGCAAAAGGAGAUCGCUGAGCUCCAGAAGGAGAAGGAGAAGCUGGAGUUUAUGCUGGUGGCUCACAGCCCUGUGUGCAAAAUCAGCCCUGAGGAACGUCGGAGCCCACCAUCCAGCAGCCUCCAGAGCGUUCGGACUGGAGCAAGCGGAGCGGUGGUGGUGAAGCAGGAGCCUGUGGAGGAAGAGAUCCCAUCUUCCUCUUUGGUCCUUGACAAAGCCCAGAGGUCUGUCAUUAAGCCCAUCAACAUUGCUGGAGGUUUUUAUGGGGAGGAGGCACUCAACACUCCCAUCGUGGUGACCUCAACACCAGCCAUCACUCCUGGCUCCUCCAACUUGGUGUUCACCUACCCCAACGUGUUGGAUCAGGAGUCUCCUCUCUCCCCGUCCGAGUCCUGCUCCAAAGCUCACCGGAGGAGCAGCAGCAGCGGUGACCAGUCCUCGGAUUCCUUGAACUCUCCCACCUUGCUGGCGUUGUAAUCCCCCUGCAGCCCCUCAUUUUGCCAGUGUGUUACAUUCCCCCCUAGCACGACGGGGGGAGCCCCCCUCCAUGGGAUUAGAGACAGGCACGGGAUCGUUCAAGCACAAGGGCAGCAAGAACAAGGAUGGGAAAGUGCUGCAGCUCCAGGAAGGAGAGUGAGGACCAACGCCAGCUCCCUGGAGGCAGGAAACGACAAGGGUGGGACUGACGCGCCAGGACUGUUUGGAGAGGGUGAUGUCCCCUCUGUAGGGACUGCCUAUAGAAACCUCUUUGUGGCCGUAGUGGACUUGGAGAGCGCUCCUGGCCAGGACUGAAGGCGAGCUGCAGACAGUUGCUAGUCGUCCCUUUCCUUUGUGAAUUGAUCUGAUCGGUUGUGCUCUGUGCUUAGAUCAUUCUGGUUAGUUGAUCUUACAACUUCUCUCUUUCUCUCUCUCUCUCUGCUUAUCAUUUCCAAUGUUGUCGACCCCAUGACAUUUCAUCCAGUUGCUCUGAACUCUAAAGGCUUGUUAGGAUCUUUCCUCUUGGGACAGGCUGUGGGAAACACGUAGGGUAGCCCAGGCAGGAGGGGGAUGGCUGGGAGAUCUGCAGGAGGGAGAACCAAGAGGAGCCCGAGGGCUCAGUGGCAAGGGCAGAGCUUGUAACUCUGGCCUGGGGCACAGACGCAGCAAACAGAGACAGCAGGAGGCUCAUGUGGAAGCCGUUUUUUUUGUUUGUUUUUUUUUUUUUAAUGUAGAUCUAUUUAUCACCUUGGGCUCCUCAAAAAACAAGUUAGCAUCUCAGGGCCAAAGUAGCAUCAGGAAAGCUGCUGGGCUGGCACUUACCAGUGUCUUUGGCAGGGUUUUACCCCAGUUUGGUGGAUAUCAAAUCUGCUGCUUGUUGUUUACUUUUCCUGGGCUGCCCGCUGUCUAGGGAGUAUUGCAUCUUCCUCCCCAUCAGGGCUCCUGACUCAGAGGCUGAUCUCUUCCUGUUAGUAAAUCCUCCCCUCCCCUUGGCCAUAUUUGCAGAACAAGCUACUGAAAAAGGGGUGGCACCACGUGCCUAUAAAUCUAGGAUGGAGACUGGCAGCAGAUAAGAGGGUGAAACUAGCUAGCUGUCCCCUUGCUGACUUCUUCAAUGUUGGGAAACGAAGCGGUGUGCAUCCACCAGUUGAUAGUAGUGUGUGUUGUUGCUCAGAGAUUCCCAAUUUCCAAGGUUGGGGAGAAGGCAGUGGUCCAACCUCCAGCACAGCAGAGGCCACAAGGUACUCCUGAUCAGAGAGGAAUGGCAUGGUUGAAGUGAUGACCUGUUUGAACUAGAACAGAGCUUCUGAUAACCUCUGAUUAUGAAUGACAAAUUGAUCGUGGAAGAAAAUCGAUUACAGUUAUUUGCACCUUGGUCUUUGGCCUUUUUUUUUUUUUUUUUUUUUUGUGCAUUGUAAUUCACCUGGUUUUGUUGGGGUUGAUUGGCCUGAAGACAACACACAAAUCAGAGGGCUUUUCCCCUAGCCCUGGGUCCUGUUGUCUCCAACCCGUGGGCUUGGCUGCUACUACUAAGUGCUUACAGAGGGCAGAAGCUCUCCAGCGCUGAUGUUCACUACUGAAAACAGUAAUGAUGUGCCUAAUCUGUUCCUGCUUGGAUCCAAGCUCAAUUCCUGUUGAUGACAAUCCAUGACCGUGUGCACAGUAGGAUUGCCCAGCUGGCCAGCGAAGCCGCUUAGUGGAUAGCUAUUCAGUCCUGCCUGUUGAAGCUGUGGUGGCAGCUGUUUAUUUUGGCGUGACAUUUGCUUGUCCUCUUAUUUUUUAUUUUAUUUUUUUUUUU